AUGGCGAGGGAGGGUAAGUCUUCGGGUGACGUGGAGGGAAGGAAGAAGUGCCCCCCGCCCACGUUGUUACUUACAACUCGGUCAACCGGAAAUAUUCGGACCCACUCGGGCACACACACCCCCCUGCCCCCUCUGCCCCACCUGCCCAGCCCAUCCGGCCCGGCUAAGCCCAGUCCAGCCCAGUGUGGUGUGUUGGGUUGGGUUGUGUUGGCUGCUUGUUUUGCACCUCGCCCUAUCCCUCCCUCGCUAUGGAAAGGCCUGCUGCUCAGGCUUUUCGAUACGCCUCGUCCUUCGCCGUCUUCUUCUUCUUCUUCUCACUCACCUUGGGCAUUCCCACCACCGCCUCUUCAUCUUCUUCCUGCUGCACUCAGCUCUAGCAGCACCCACCAUCCCUUUGUACCACGUCUCUCUGCCCCUGCAACUGACAUACCCACUUGUCCUGAACUUGAGCCUUCUUCGCCGCAUGGCGAGAUUGGGUUUUGUUUGUUGAGCGUGACGUGUUUCACUGAUGUCAGUGGUCUCGUAGUUGCAGAGAGCGGUUUGCCAAUUGUGGUUGAGGUUUGGGGUUUCGGAGGGUGGAGUUUGGAUAGAGAUCUUGUGGAGGGAUAG